AUAACCAUCGCUGCCCUCCCCUUUCUCUCUCUCUUCUGAUUGAGGAAGAGUCGGGCGGGGAGGCAGAGAGAGAAACUGCGGCGGCGCCUUUGGUCUCGGUCAGGUCGUCCAUGCUCCGAUUUGCGUUUCCCGGCGCGGGGAAACGCACCUGACGAUGGCCCUCUCGCCUGUCCUGCUCUCCGACUCGUCCAACCUCCUCUGCCUCGAGGACGCCGACGACGAGUGGGCCCCGCCAUGCCGCGCCGCCGCAGCCGCUCUCGCGGACGGCCAAGGCUUGGCCACUCUACUCGCCGUCGAGGCCGGGCACGAGCCACCCGGCGCGGCCCACUUCGUCGCCGGCCCCCUCCUCGCCGCCGCGCGCAGCGACGCCGUCAAGUGGAUCCUCAAGGUGAACGAGUUCUACCGAUUCCGAGCAGCGACGGCGUACCUCUCUGUGACCUACCUCGACCGAUUCCUCUCUUCCCAUUCGAUUCCGGCGGUGGAGAAAGGGGGCGAAGUGUGGCCGAUGCAACUGGUCUCUGUGGCGUGCGUGUCGGUGGCGGCGAAGAUGGAGGAGGUGCGCGUGCCGUCGCUGCUCGACCUUCAGAUCCUGGACCCCGGCUACGUGUUCGACCCCUCCACCGUCCGCCGCAUGGAGCUCCUCCUCAUGGCGGCCAUCGGAUGGCGGAUGCGCGCCGUCACGCCCUUCGACUUUCUCCCCCACCUUUCCGCCGCGCCUUGCCUCCUCUCCCGCGCCGCCGGCCUCGUCCUCUCCUCCCUCCGUGUGGUGGAUUUCCUAAGCUUUCGGCCGUCGGAGAUCGCUGUGGCAUCCGCGCUCUGCGCAGCCGACGAUACGGCCGAUGCCUCCGCCGGGUGCGGCGGCGAUUCGUCGAGCCGUUCCGCCGAAUGGGCGAGCCAGGAAGCGGUGAGCCGGUGUCGCCAGCUCAUGGACGACUAUCUCCUCGACACGUGUCCGUCAGCGUCCCGGUCGAAGCCCAACCCUCCCUGCUCUACCUCGGCGUCUCCUCUGGGGCCUCCAUCGGCGAGCCCAGUCGCCAUCCUCGACGCCGCCGCCGCUGCCUCAGGCUGUAGCAGCUGCGACUCCGCCGCGACCGCCAAGCGCCGCCGGCUCGGCGGCAACUGUACAGAGAGCUUAAGCGCCGAUCACUAAAUUCGCCCUUUCGGAUAUUAAUUGCCGCAACUUCUCUAUUUCUCGUAAUAAACUCGCCGUUGUCGUCGUCAAAGCUUUCCGAUGAGCGAAUUGCAAUUUUCGAUAA